AUGUCCUCCGCCGAUCCCCCUUCCUCCUCCUCCUCCUCCGCCGCCGCCGCCGCUUCCCCCGCCCACGCCGGCGUCGGCCUCGGCUACGGCAUCGCCAUCGCCGUCAGCAUCCUCGUCUUCAUCUCCACCAUAAUGCUCGUCUCCUACGCUUGCAUUCGCGCCAAAUCCACUCGCCCUAGACCUAGACCUUCCGCUCCUCUCCCCCCUCCCGCCGCCGACAAUGUGGUGGUUCUCAUGGUUGGAUUAGACGGCUCCAUCAUCGAAUCGUACCCUAAGUUGGUCCUCGGAGAGAGCCGCCGUCUCCCGGCCCCAAACCACGGCCCUUGCUCCAUUUGCCUCUCCGAUUACCAGCCCUACGAUUCCGUCCGCUGCAUUCCGGAUUGCCGGCACUGUUUCCACUCCGCUUGCGUCGAUGAAUGGCUCCGGAUGAGCGCCACUUGCCCCCUGUGUCGAAACUCCCCUGCUCCUACCCCUGUUGCUACUCCUCUCUCCGAAUUCGCGCCUCUGGCUUCCAACGCCAGGUGAUCCUCUUCCCUACAUUUUCAGGUUAGGGCUUCCAAAUUUUCUCCCUCAAUUUGUGUCUGAUUUACUCACAGA